AUGGUCCAUCUUUAUGCUCGAAAGAGAUGGAAGAUUUUUUACAAAAAAAAUAGAGUUUUUCAUAUUAAAACUUCACCUUAUAAUCCUGCAUCAAAUGGUGCAGCUGAAAAUCUUGUUCGUACUUUCAAAAAUUUUAUAAAAAAAUGUAACCCUAAUUCUGACAUUGAAGUUGAUGUAUAUAGAUUUGUUAUGUCGUACAACAGUACAAAACACUGUUCUACAGGUGUUACUCCGGCAGAAUUACACAUUAGGCGUACCUUGCCAACUCAAUUCGAUAGACUAAUUCCUUUUGCUAAGAAUAAAUAUAACAAGUGUUUGGAAAAUGCUAAACAUGUUUUUAGAGGCAAUAGAGAGAAAUCCUAUAAGAUUGGAGAUACUGUUAUGUGCAGAAAUUAUGGUUCUGGUAAUAUGAGGGUACCAGGUACAAUUAUUAAAGUAUUGUCACCUGUUACUUAUCUGGUUCAAAUUAAUAAUUCUUUAGUGUGGAAAAGACAUAUUAAUCAAAUUAUUGAUAGAGUUAAAAAUAUUAAUGUUAAUCAUAAACAUUUGAAUGAUAUUGAAACUAGGUUUAGUGAAAACAAACCAGUAAUUGAAAGUAUUAUUGAGGAAGGAGGAAAAGUUAGUACUGAGGUAGAGAAUACUAAGUCUGAUGUUAUUGAAGUUAAGCCAGAAGUCACACAGUUGUUGUCGCGCGUUGCGUAG